AUGGUCUCUGAAAAUACUGCGGCCCUGCCUCCUAAAGUUUGGGCAACUCUGGUGACAAACGAUGACUAUCUCAAGGGCGUACUGGCACUCAACUACCGUCUGCGAUGCGUCAAAUCAAAAUAUCCGCUGCUUGUUCUAUACACCACUCCAACGACCACAAAAGAGUACACUGAUGACCCACGAUUCAACGAGUGCUGGACAAAGCUGAUCGCCUUCUCACUCACGGACUACUCACGAAUAGUUCUUCUUGACUCAGAUAUGCUGCCACUACAGAACAUGGAUGAGCUCAUGGACCUAGACCUCGACCUACCAGCACAUGCUUCGCCAGAAGUCGCACAAACAACUGGAGCAGAUAUCUCUACGGGCUUAGGAAAACUCAACAGCGGACUCCUAGUCAUCAACCCAUCGAAGGCCAUUUUCGAUCAGAUCGUCACAAAGAUGAAUGAGGCAGGUCUCGACUACCAGUUCCCGGAUCAGGACCUUCUUGCAGAUGUCUUCAAAGGUCGCUGGGUGGCGUUGCCAUACAUCUACAACGCCUUGAAGACGAUGCGAGAACCAGCUGUGCACGGAGCCAUAUGGCGUGAUGACAAGGUCAAGAACGUCCAUUACAUUCUCAGUCCCAAGCCAUGGGAUGAGCUGGGGCCAGACGGGACAUGGAAAGGGGAUAAGCCUAUCCAUAAGUGGUGGAUUGACGCGUACAACUCAAUGCGUGCAGAAGAAAAGACACUUGGAGUCUCUUAA